UGACGUAGCUGUGGUCACGUGACAACCAGGAAGCUGCGGCGGUGUUUACCUUAGCACUGCACCACCGAGCAUCCUCAGUCUGCGGUGCAAUCAAACCCGAUCUGAGGAGAUGGGUCCGUCCUGAUCGCCGCCUCUCCGCUGGUACUGAGCUGUCCUGUCGCCUCCGUCAGCGCCAUGGCGUCUUCGGGCUACACCUGCGUCCCGGACAGCCCCGCAGAAAAGCGUAGACUGCUGUCCUCCAAGUCCGGCUACGGAUCCCAGGAUGUUCUCGGAUGCGCUGGCCUGGCGGACCCCCAGUUCCGCGGGCAGCCACGGGAUGAAGACGAGGAGGAAGAGGCUCUGAGAAGGAAACUCAAGUACUUCUUCAUGAGUCCUUGUGACAAGUACCACGCCAAGGGGCGCAAGCCUUUCAAACUGGGGCUGCAGCUGCUAAAGAUCGUCAUCGUGACCGUGCAGUUGGUGCUGUUCGGUCUGAGCAACCAGAUGGUCGUGACGUUCAAGGAGGAAAACACGGCGGCAUUCAAGCACCUGUUCCUGAAGGGUUACCAGGACAACCGUCCCCAGGCUGUCCACACUCAGUCGGAGCUGUACAGCCGCAUCGGCUUCGUCGUAGAGCAGUACAUGGCUCUACCGCAGAUCGCACUGGGCCGGUAUGCAUACGUGAAGGGCGUGGGCGUGGACGGGAGCGCUCUCUCCCUCUGCCAGAGGUACUUCAAGACGGGCGCCAUCGAUCCCGUCAACGACACGUUUGACAUCGACCCCCAUGUCGUUACAGAUUGCGUCGGCCUCGAUCCGACCGCUGACAGCCCUGUGACGAGAAACGGCGACUACAAGAAUUUCACCCUCCAGUUCUACAAGCUGAUCAAUGUCACGGUUGAUUUCCAGCUGAAGGCCAUCAACAUUCAGACGAUAAUCAAUAACGAAAUCCCCGACUGCUACACCUUCGCCAUCACGAUCGCCUUCGACAACAAAGCUCACAGCGGCCAAAUCAAGAUCCUCCUCCAGAACCAGGCCUCCAUAAAGGAGUGCAAAGACACAAACGUGUCCGGACACGCGGAGAGCUACGCCAGAGAGUUCUUCGACGUGGUGGUGGCGAUCGUCUGCCUGCUGUCGCUGCUGCUCUGCGGCCGCUCCAUCCUCAGAGGAAUCCUCCUUCAACGCGAAUACGUUCAGUUUUUCAAGCACAAACUGGAGCGCAAGGUGAGCUGGGGGGACAGGAUGGAGUUCAUCAACGGCUGGUACAUCCUGCUCGUCAUCAGCGACGUGUUUACCAUCGUCGGCAGCUUCAUCAAGAUCGGGAUAGAGUCCAAGACGCUGUCGUCGUACGACGUGUGCGGGAUCCUGCUGGGAACGUCCACUCUGCUGGUGUGGGUGGGAGUCAUCCGCUACUUCAGCUUCUUCCAGAAAUACAAUGUAACCGGACGUUUUCUUCUACAAGAACCAGGACGUCGCAUCUUCUCUGCGUGUCGGACGCUUAUUAAGCUGACGUCUCUCUCCGCACAGAUCCUGAUUGUGACUCUGAGAGCUGCUUUUCCGAACGUCAUCCGCUUCUGCUGCUGUGUGGCUGUGAUUUAUUUGGGAUACUGCUUCUGUGGAUGGAUUGUCCUGGGCCCCUACCACGCCAAGUUUCGCUCCCUGUCCAUGGUGUCAGAGUGCCUGUUCUCCCUCAUCAACGGGGACGACAUGUUUGUGACGUUUGCCGAGAUGGAGCAGAGCGGCACCCUGGUGUGGGUCUUCAGCCAGGUCUACCUCUACACCUUCAUCUCCCUGUUCAUCUACAUGGUGCUGUCCCUCUUCAUCGCACUCAUCACCGGCGCCUACGACACCAUCAUGGCCCAAACGAAGGAGCAGGUUCCGGAGACGGACCUGCACGCGUUCAUAGCGCAGUGCACAGACACGCCCAGUUCCGGCAAAUUCCGCGGGCCGGACGGGUCGUCGUGCUCCUUCCUCUGCUGCUGCGAAUGACCCACAUUGCCUCUCCGCUGACAGCUGCACUCCUUUCUCCAGACGCUCAGCAGGGACGCUGGAGGCUGGCGGAGCGAACCGGCUGACCUUGGGCCGCUUUUGUCCUUUGGUGCCAGCGUUUCAGUUUUGGAUUCAAAUUCGUUCGGCACAGUCGCACGUCCAAUUAACCUGCCUCCGUUUUUGUACUGUAUGAAUAA